AUGCACGGAUGGUUCGUUUUCCUGUUCCCUUACCGGCUUGGCACUGAACUCCGUCGGGGGCUUGGGGUGGCAACGUGGAGUGUAGGGACACCAAGCGAGCGGCAGAACUUCAAGGCGAGCUCGCGUUUGCCGGCGAGUCUGCCGGCCCUGACUCCCAACAGCCUUCCGCUAAUUGUCGGUGUACAGCCAUCUGCUGUUUCGACUUCGCUGAAUGAUUUGGCAGUUUUGUCUCGGGGGCUCGUGGAGGAGCAUUUAUCGGCGAAAGGAGCUAUACUGUUUCGCAACCUGCCAGUCUCCACGUUUUCCGAGGCAGGUAGUUUCAUUUCUUCUCUCGGUUACACCAUGUACCAUGAUCCCAGCGGUCGAGAGAGGGUGGCAGAGGGUCUGUACCAUUCGUCGCUGGCUGUUCCCGCAGACAUCAACAUCGCUCCCCAUCAGGAGCACAUAGUAUCCAACAAACCUCCCAGCAAGUUGUUCUUGUUUUGCCAAAGUCCUUCUGUGGACGGAGGUGAGACUCCCUUGGCGCAUGCAGGAGAUGUGUGGGAUUGGCUUCAGAGCACCACACAAGCUCAAUUGCGCCGUCGGGGUGUUCGCUUUGAGAUGGUUCGGGGCAAUGCUGGCGAUCCUGGCAACCCUGUGCAAUUUACCCGAAGUUGGCAGGAGCACUUCUCUACUGAUGACUUGCAGACCGCUAUCAACAAAGCGAAAGAAGACUUUAACGGCACAUUCGAAGUAGAUGAUCAUGGCAACAUCAUUCUCCGCAGUGGAUUCCUUCUCCCGGUGAAGGUGGUACAAGGAAGGGAAAUAUUUAGCUCGCAGCUGCAAAACGUUUACAGUUUGCGAUGGUUGUGGGGGGAUGCUGAUGAGUACGUGCCGGACGAUAUUCUGGAAGACGUUAUGAGUGCUGUGUGGAAUGCGGCCACAGUCUUCCGAUGGAAGGCAGGCGAUCUUCUUGUGGUGGACAAUGUGAAGGUCUUGCACGGGAGAUUGUCGUACCAAGGUACGCUGCCGUGGACGGUGUUUGCCUUUGGGAAGGCACAGCGAGAUGCCAGCAUCUUGUGCUUCAGACACGACCUAUCCGCAGAUGUACCAAAGGUGUUGAAUGUCUCCGGCUGCAGAGGGGAUCACGGGCAGCUGAAUGGCAGCUACACUCAUUUACAAGGAGUAAGAGUGAGCAGCCGCCCGGUCUUUGUGAAAGACUGCCGUGCUCGUGAGGGUGAAGAGAGGAAGGUCUUGCACUUCUCCCAGCGCUCCGGGAGAUGGUUUAUCUCCAGCGUGAGCUUGGGCUCCUUGGAGGUGGAUCAACUCAGCACGUCUUCCGACGCUGGUCCCCCGGUGAUGUGUCAAUGUCAGACCGCCAAAUCUGGAAGUGUCAUUGUGCGUAAUGUGAUUGUGGUGCCACCUUGUCUUGUCUUCCAGCCGCCAGCUGCCGGCCGGACGACUGUCGCCAUGGCAGUUUUGGAGAUCCGCGUGCUCUUGGAGAGCAAUGUCGUGGAUACCAUUUGUGUAAAAGCUGAUGAGGUCAAGAACCUGCCCGGUGAAGCCUUUGAUAUCAUCUGUCAGAGGGCGCAGCAAGCAGUGGGAAACAAGGCCAUCAAGCGCAUCUUCUACGUCGAUGAUGAAGGCGAUGCCUGCACAUUGGCUCCUCCCUCCAUUUCCGAUGCCUUGGACUUGUGCAGAAACGGAGUCCUGGAGCUGCGCAUCAUGCUGGAGGAGGCGACAGCCGCAACUGCCCAAAGUCAAAACUCGUCACCAUCAAUGGUAAGCCAAGGCAACGAGGAUGAGGCCUGUGUAAGGCACAGCCACCUGAAGAUGGUGCCCGAAGUGCUCAAGGAGGGUGUGACUGCUUUCACUGACAGAAGCUGUGCGUUCAAGGGCGUCCCUCAGCAACUUACUGGGGCCACUCUAUUCAGAUCGCGAUAUAUCGUCCCUGAAGACACCGAGUUCACGGUGCAGGCACGAGCAGGAUCGCCUGUCUAUCUGUUUAGCGAGGCCCACCGUGAUGGUGGUUUUCCAAUGCUCGGCUGGCAGCAAGAAGAUGCUGGGCGUUUUCACUGGCAAGACUUGGACGGCAGAGCAUAUGCACUGAACUUGUGGAAGAAGAUGAAGGGCGUUGAAGACAUGAAGAUCCCGAUCAUGAAUUCCCUGGUUGGCGGGAUUGCAGUGCAGGCUAGCCAGCAGACUGAGGCCGAGCCGGCAAAGGACGACACAAAAGCCAACUUGCUUCUGGACAUGCUGAGGAAGGCUCAUGGCGGCAAUGCCAGAGAAGUUCUGAGAGCCUUUGGGCAAGCCAUUUUGCAGUGGCUGAACGAGAUGCAAGAGGAACUGCCAGUUCAGUGCUUGACACUGCUCUCUCCCAUGCAUGCUUUGGCGAAUGGAAGCUUCCGUGAAGAAGAGUUGCUAUCGUUUGCACAGACGGCCGUGGAAGCAUACGAGAGCCUCGAGCCCAACAUCAAGAUGGAAGUCCGGGGCAGAUUGCAAGACUUGUCAAACAUGCUGCGCUCACCGCAGCAAGUCCACCAUGGAAUAGUCUGCGAUGGAUGUCAGCAGACUCCCUUGCAGGGCAGGCGUUUCAAGUGCAAAGUGUGUCGAGACUACGACCUUUGCCAGACAUGCAUGGAGAAGGAUUGCCACCCUGGACAUGAGUUCGAAGAAGUGCCAGAAUGCCAAGCUCCUGGCAAUGUGUUUCCAAUGUGGCAACCAACAGUUUAUUGCGAUGGAUGUGACGCACACCCUCUGGAAGAAGCGAACCGUUACAAAUGCACGAUCUGUAAAGACUACGACCUCUGCAAGAGCUGCUUCAGCUCCAGGCAGCACAUCCAUCCGGAGCAUGACAGUUGGAUUCACCAGGGCGCGCAAGUUGAAGAAGCAGCUCCUCCGAAUACCCAGAGCUUGGACGGGAAGGCCAGCAUUACCGCCAUGGCAUCCCUGCUGCAGCACAGCGAUCCAAAGGUGCGGGCAGCCGCCAACGACGCUCUAACAAGCGCCGGAGCCACAAGCCUUGCCUCGGAGAAGGAGGGCUCAGACAUCAGUGAUGGCUGGGAGAGGUUGGACAGCCUCGAUCAGGUUUCAGCGAAGGAGGACUCUGUGUCAGACAUCAAUGAUGGCUGGGACAGGCUGGACAACGUGGAUCAAGCCUCUGCAAAGGUAAUCCAUGCCAGCGUCUUCGCCAACGCCGCAGUUGCGCACCCGCUGAACCUGGACAUGAUCCACCAUGGCUGCAAGGUCUUCCGCCUGGCACACCUGGAGAUCGAUCAUACGGCCUCGACGGAGUCCAGAGCCAUUGUCAAGGCGGUGGUCGUGAACGAUGGCACAGAGCCAUGGCCAGAGGCCUCACUUUUAAAGCUCAGCGAGGGCCCAUCCUGGGGCUUCCGUGAACUUUCUCUUGGAGCGGUUCCACCCGGCGAGACGGUUGAGCUGGUACUGGACCUGUGCUUCCUACCGGGUCAUCUGGGCGAUCACGUCGUCUCAGUAUGGUUACGUUCUUCGGCCGCAAGAUGCCAGUCAGGCGAACCUAGAGAACAGAGGGCAGCAGUAUGGUCAGCUGUUACCUUCGUACCAUGCCAAGAACUUCAAGUCGGAGAGGGACCUGCCAGACAGGCUUCCCGCAGCAUCGGGCGAUCUUCAGCGCUUUCACGAAGCUCUUCAAUCGAGAGCCCCACGCAUGACGAACUUGGAGACACCUCCGGCACCGCGCAGAUCUGUGCGACUGAGGUGCAGGGUGCAGACUUCGUCCUUUGCCUUCAUUUCCGAGACCUUAGCGGCGGAUCAGAAAGUUUUGGCCUCAGUGGAGACUAUGUGCGGUCUGAUCAGCUUUAUGGAGAUCGACCCGUUUUCAUCAAGGCUCCACUGCGACAUCGACAAGGUGGCUUCGAGUCGGACGAAAAGCCGAGCCAGGGGCUCGAGCGGACCCUGUUCUUCUUCUAUGAUGACAUUCGCCAUCGGUGGCAGGUUGCUCCAGAAGUGGGUGCCAAGGGCUUGAGCGUGCUUGCCCGCAGCCCCGUGGGCUGGGAUGAGGUCUUCUCCCCGAACGGAGCAGAGGCUGCUUUGAUCAGGGAAGUCGACCCUCCCAGGCCAUCGGGCUGCUGGCAGAUCCGGCUCAACGAGCCUGCCCUGGCCAUCCACUCGAGACGUUCCAAGCAAAUGACGGAGAUCCCGCAAGAGGCAUCACAGCUCUUUCAGGACUGCGAGGCUCUCUCUGUUCUUACACUGGAAGACCGUGCACCCGCACGCACAGUCAGCUUCCAGUAUGAAGGGCCAGGUGAAGAGCUCCAGGUGCUUGCAGAGCAUCCGCUGGCCGGAGAUUUCAGAUUGCUGCGACAGAGAUACGGAAAGCGUCCUGUAUAUCGCCGCUCCGCUUUGCAGCCUUGUGGACCUGGGCCAGGCUUGCCUGUCCAGCCCGGCUUGUUUCUUUUCUUCGAACCACGGCUUGGAUACUGGGUUGUCAGCACAAUUUCGCCACUGGCUUCAAAUCAUGCUGUCGCGUUUGCCAGACCAGACCUGCCAGGUCGAUUUGGACAGGUCCUGGCCAGGACCGGGCCUGACUGGACGCCCGUGCUGCCGCAGGACGCACGGGACUGGGACGCAGCUGACAGCCAGGACCCGGGUUCCCACUAUCGGCUUGGGCCGGCAAGAGCACCACCCAGCACACUGCUGUCGGAGCACCUGACGCCAACUCCGUGGCUGCACUUGGUAGCCCUGGGCACCGACACGCCUCCCAAGAUGGUGUGCCUCAGCGGCUUCGGUGACAGGUUGCAUACUCUGAAUGGCUCCUAUGAGCUGCUCCCAGAGUCCGCGUGGGCAUCCAGAGCUGCAUGGGCACGAGUGCCGUCCACGGCGGAGGCACUGGUCGAUCUGAUUUCGCUGCUAACUGUUCUGGAUGUCCGACGGGUCAUUGGAUUAUCGGUCCGGACUUGCACACAGCGCAGACAGGUCUUGCACGAAAUGGGCCAGGCCGAUGGGCUGCUCAGCCGAUGGGCUGCCCUGAAUGGUCAGCCAGUCAGCUUCCACACGAACGACGGUUGGAGAGCCGAGCAGAAGGCGUUCGGAUCCCACUCUGAGCAAGCAUGUCUGGCACCAGAACCAGAGAUGGAAGGCAAGCGGUGGUCCCUCUUCUCCGCGGCAAAGCACCAGCCUCGGCAGAUCCUGGCCUGGGACCGCGUGCAAAAGCAUUGCCGCUGUCCCCGAGAAGCACUCAUAGGCGAAUUCGCCCAGCCCAUCACGGAACCUGCCAUCCGGCCCGCCAAAGAGCGCAGAACUGAUGCGCGAGACGGUCUAGCGGAGCAAUUUCCACUCCUACCCGCAAAGCAGGCACUAGCUAGCGGUAUGGAACAGAAAGAAGAAGGCACAGGUCCACAAGUCAUGCAGCAGAAGGAAGUCAGGAUGGAGCUGUCCAAAGAAGGCAGCUUGGGUACAGCGCGCACCCAAAGCUUCAAGCCGCCCAUAAGACCUACCAGCCCUCCAAGCCGGCGGGGAGCAAGCCCGUCACGAGCUACAAGCCCGGCACGUGCUGAAAGGGGCAUUGUUUGGCGACCUUGA